CCACAAUCACGCGCAAUAGAAUCUGGAACCCAACAAACAGUUGUACCUUUACAACAACCUUCUCAACAGAUACAACCAUCCUAUGCGUAUGUUGCAACGCAGACCUCUUAUACAUCUGUUCCUACACCUGCUCUUAAUAAUGCUACUACUGGUGAGCAAAAUUCAUUAUCUGGUACAGUUCAUCAAGGAUAUGCACCACAAGCGAAUAGCACACUUGCAUAUAUGCCGCAAUCCACCUAUGGUACCGAACUUGGUUAUCAAUACCAACCGCAAGUAGCACCACAGCACCAACAAUCUAGUUAUUAUCAAUCAUCAUCACAGAUUCAUCCUCAAACACAAUCUCAGAAAUUAGAAGAAGCACCACCAUUGAUUGAGCUUUAA